CGAAGCGCUUCGAAUCUAAAAUAUUUUACGAUUAUUAUUACGACUCGAAGCGGUGUGGCGCGGCUCGCCGUUGUUGUAUUGUAUAUGCUAUGCAUGAAAAUUACCCAGCCGGACCUCGCUGAGGCGCAUUACGUCUAGUGAACGCAACGAGUCAAGUCGUUCGGGAAGAGACCAAGCAGUGACUUACCUCAAAUAUUAAACUAAAGCUUAAGUGCAUUUGGCAGAAUUAAAACAGUUUCCGCUCACACGCCCAAGCAGCCGUGAAAGUGAAGAAAGAAGCAGUGAAAGUGCUAUUACAACGACUGGAACCCGAUUGUGGUUGAGUUGUAGACAGAGAGUUCAACUCCAAAUAGGGGAAGAUAUGUUGGAGUGAUUGAACCUAUGGGAGGAAUACCUUUGGUGGAAUCUAAGUUUUCAAAGCGCAAUAGUGAUUAUUUGUAAAUGGUUUGAGCAAAGUUAGAAGGGAAGUGAGUGAAAGGUGAUCCAAAUUGUAUAAACGAAGCAAUUACUUUUGUGAUAUAUAGUUUAAACAAAACGAAUUAGCAGUAAAGUUAUACGCUUCAGUGCUAGUCAAAGUGAAGCGUAUUGAAGGUUGAUUCAAUAGAGUGAAGGUUUACUUGAAUAAAAGUGUAAACAGUUUCGACGCACAACUGACACAAUUGUGAAGUAAUUAUAAGCAAGAAAUUUGUUCGAAGAAUAUCGCACAAAGAGUUGAAGACUAGCAGAAAUGGCUGUUCAAGUGGAUAAUUUGCUGUUAUCAGAAAUUGGACGUUCUAUAUCGUUGGACACAGCGACACGCCUGAGAGAAGCCGCCAUGAGUAAGCUCAUCCGCCAGGUAUCGAUCGAAACCCCAGCGCCGAAGAUCAAAGAUUGCGUGUUCAAUCUGGUCGUUCCGGUGCCGGACACACCGCCCUCCGGGGCCCGCAUCCUAGUCGUCUACGCCGGGGCAUGUUACCGCAAGAAUCAGUCCUCCUCGAUCUCGUCGAUUAGCAGCCAGCUGUCGGAUACGGGCGACAUUACCACAUCGCUGCACAUGCUGGCCAAACAGAUGCAGGGCGGCAACUUCUCCAGUAUUAGCGAGGAAGGUCCGGACAACACAUCGGCUCAGGCCCACCAGACUUCGGUCGCCAUCCAGCACAAUCCGGCCGCACACCACGGCGUCCGGGAUGGUGCUCUGUUUCCAGGUUUCGAAGUGGCCGGCGUCAUCGAAUCGCUCGGCUGCGAACACAAAGAAGACUGCUGCUUCAAAGUGGGCCAACGGGUGGUGCUCUAUCCGUAUGAGGGUGUCCCCUGCGGAUACAGCGAACUGAUGGUGGUUCCCGAUCUGAAGUAUCUGAUUCCUAUUCCGGACUCGCUGCCGCUCAGUGUGGCCGCCACAUUGCCGACCGGCGCCCUGCUUGCCCAGAGUGCCAUCAUCUCCGCUCACAAAAUCGUCGACGAUCUGCUGAAGAAGCGACCGAACGAGAAGGUGAAGAUCCUGAUUGUCGGCACCGGAGGGCUAGCGCUGUGGGCCAUCCGAAUUGCGGCGCAACACUUCUACACACCUGCCACCAAGGACAAAAUUCAGAUUACGGUGGCCAGCCUGCGGGACGAGGGCUUCGUUAUGGCGAAGAAGUGUGAAAAAGUCAACGUGGUCCAGUGGAACGAGGAUCUGUACGAGAAGCAGCUGAUCGAGCGCACACACGACGCCUGCGACGGACUGGUGGACAUUGUGAUCGACUUCGGCACGACGUCGCGCAGCUUGCACCGAUCGAUGCAGUGUCUAACCAAGGGCGGCCACGUGUUCAUCAGUGACGAGAUUGCCGAAAAGCUAAUGGCUCGGUUCGCCAAGCGGGCAGAGGAGCGCGGAGUGUUCGUGGAGGUGGUCCCUACCGGUACCAUCGAGCAGCUGCACGAACUGGUUAAGCUGGUGGAUUCCGGCGAGAUUGAACCUCCACCACACACAGUAUUCCCCUCGGACCAGGCCGCAGAAGUGGUACGGAAAUUGGCCAGCUCAGAGAUUCCUGGACGUGCCAUAUUGAAGUUCCACGACGUCGAGUAAGCGGGUCCCACCUUAAGUAAAGUGCAAGAGCAAACAACUUUCUCCUCGUGAGCCCCAUCCUCACUUUACAGUUAAGAAAAAAAACACACACACAUUACUUAUACAAAAGUAAUUCUACGAGAAAUAAAACAAUUAGAGAUGAAAUUACAAGUUUAAAUUGAAACUGUUAGCAGUAUCCGGCAGAGUGGAGUAUCGUAGUAGGCUAACUCAUUCUCAUUGGAUGGUAAUCUCUAAGCUGCAGGAAGCGUCAUCACCGGCAACUAGCCUACUUAGCCGAAGAGAGAUGAAGUGAACGAGAAAAGCAUACUCCAGCUGACUAACUAAACCAGAUGAUUGCUUAUCAUAGAUUCGAACGAAGAAAAAACAAAAUUACAUUAAAAUCUAUAAAUGUAUAAUUUAACUUUAAACGGAACCUAAGCAGUAAGUAAGAAUCCUAAUGAUUGCAAUUAAUCGAACCCCCGAUUGGAGUAUUAAUUUUUGUUUUGAUUCAUUUAAUCUCAAUUUGGUUAUGCGAGAUGACGUGACGGAAAAAUUCCAGUGUUCAUGCUGAUGAAUGACGUGCAUGUUCAACAUGUCUCAGUGGUUUGCUUGCUUGGAAAAUGUUCGCUGGUUCAUUGCAGAUGAACAUGUUGUAUUUGAAAUUACCACUUGUAGUUAUCGAACGAUAUCCAUUCAGUUCAUCAUGCGAGGUAAUGUAAGAUUGAUGGAAAGCUUAAUUCAUGUUAAGUUAGUCGAUAUCGUUGUCUUUCCUUAUUACCAAAUAAAAAUACGCGUCCGCCAUUAUCCUUGACACUUUUCAUUCAUUCAAAAGUACCAUAUUUUAUACUUUACUGGUAAAGUAAACUAGACGACGAGAAGCUGCUACGCAAACACGAACCGGUGAUCAAUUUUCAGGACACGUCCAUAAGCGACUAAACUGUAACUAAAUUAUCACAAACUAUACCUAUGCAAUGGACAAGCACUGAAUCAAUUAACGAAAGUGAGCACAGAGUGGGUCAGGACUAGUUUUAGACAUGACAGUUUCUAAUUCGUUUUUCUUGGACAUGUCAUAUGUCGAAAGCUAAGAACUUGAUUUGCCGCCUAGAAGUAAACACAUUUUAUGUACAAAGAACUUAAUAAAUUUAAACGUAAAACUACUCAAGAUAGGGUUUGGUCUAUCAGGGAUUUACAGACACUUUCACAAAAACACAAUACAAAAAAACAGAAAAUUCAAAUGCCUAUCCGUAGUGAAUAAUUAAUGCAAAACUUAUGGAAAGCUAUCGGUUUUCUAACCCUCUCUAAACUCUAAACAUAUGCAAAUACCAAACCACACUGCAACAACUGAAAUGCAACCAAACAAACUUCGAUCGAUCGAAAUGGGAACGAUGAAACGAGAAAAAAUGAAACUUUGUUUGUGAUUGAGUUUUCCCUCAACAGACAUCCAUUGAUUGUGUGUCGUAGGAGGGUGGAAAACCGUUUGAUUUAGUCUAUCAUCUUAAUUUUGGUAAGCAACCCCAUUGACUAUUGGUUCUUCAUUUAGGGACGAUGAUAGCGCAGAGCUAUAAAACAUAUAAAUUUAAUAUAUAAACAAAGUUAUUUAAAGUUGUAUUGAAUUAAAUCAUGAUGGAAAUCCGCGCGGAGGAACGCAAACAAUGAUGGAGCGAUGUGUUUAGGAUUAAAAGAGUACACUUAAUAAAAAAAAUAGCUUAAACAGUGUAGGAAACACUGAUAACCGAUAAGAGAAUGAAGGAGAUGAAAUAUAAAAUGAAAAAAGCAACAUGUGUAUUAUUGAAUAAUAAUAAAGAACUGUAUAGGAGUUUCAAGAAAAUCAAA